AUGGCCGCUCAACACCAUGACCCGUCCAGUCUCCUGAGCGCCCUCCUUUCUAUCAUCGAGAAUCACGUAGUACCGUUGACAGCUAAGGGUGUCUCGUCUGGGAGCAAAUUGUUUGGUGCCGCCAUUCUAUCAAAGUCAAGCUUGGCACCUCUAACCAUCGCCACUAACAACGAGCGCGUUUCCCCGCUGCUCCAUGGCGAGAUCAACUGCAUCCAGCAGUUCUUUUCAUCGCCGACAGUCCUAGACGGCUCUCCACGGCCAAAUACCAAAGACUGCAUCUUCGUGGCCACGCACGAGCCGUGCUCUCUGUGUCUUAGUGGCAUCACCUGGUCUGGCUUCGACAACUUCUACUACCUUUUCACCUACGAGGACAGCCGAGACCUUUUUGCCAUUCCGUAUGACAUCCAGAUUCUAGAGGAAGUCUUUCGUGUGAAGGUGGAAGGGGAUACGGAGGAGAGCCUCAGCAAGAGGGAUCUUUACAACCGAAGAAAUAAGUUCUUUACGGCGAAGAGUUUUGCGGACCUUGUUGCAGAGAUUCCGGAUGGCACCGAGCGCGAGAAGUGGACUGAGGAGGUUUCACGGGUGAAGGCUCUCUAUAACAACUUGAGCGAGACGUACCAAGAGGGGAAAAGAGAGGGCACAGAGAGUGCCAGCGUUUGGAAAUGA